GUUUGGAGUAAGGCCAGGCGCGGAGGCUUGAUACUGGCAGUUAAAGGCAUCUACAGAUUUCCGGUAAGGCUCAAAAAAUGAAAGAACGCUGACCAAAUUGACAUUAGUCUUUGGUGGCGGGGAGGAAGGACAAUUACAGAAUACAUUCUCCACUUCUUUGCAACACUUCGGAAAUUUGCGCAUUGUGGGCAGUAAAUUAGGAUUCAUUUUGUCAAGGUACCGACACGGAGCUUGCUAACCACCUUAUUUUCACAAAGCUUAGCGGAGACAAGAAAAUUCCAAGACAAGAAAAAGUGCCUGGCAAGUAAAAAUUCUAAAUACAGACGGCAAAAUAUGCACCACCGGACGGCUUUGACAUACAAAAAAUUAUUAGUCCGUCAACAAAUUUUGAAAAAGGUGUUCUCUCUCUCGAAAGUUUGCAAUGAUGCCUGAGAUUUUGGUAAAAAGAUGGGCGGAGAUGCAGGGCCCAUGCUCACGAAAUAGAAUAGGGAUGAUGAGGAGAGAGGGGAUUAAUAGCAGCUUAAGCAAUCUGUCCCAUAGGCUAUUUUUAGCCUUGUGGACGUUAAAAUAUUUUCCUUCUAUAUUUUAUGCACAUAUUCUCCUCCACUCAGACAGUGGAGAAGUUAGGCGUCAUGACAUUCAACGCGUGUAAAUAGCUUCAUCUUCCUUUUUUGAAAAUUUUGAUUUAUAUGAGACGGUUUCCAUUGUUGGGAGCAGGCGUAGGUUUUAUUUGAGAGAUUUUGUAAAUGCCCUUUAACGUAAUUUAUUGUAGUUUGCGGUGGGAGUGUUUUGGUAAUUGCUUUACAGGUUGCACGAUAAGAUAGGGACCUGUGAAAUUUAAUUUAUUCUUUUUCGAUAAUCUUGACGACUGGAAUGUCAUUUUCAAUUAUUUUAGAGAUUCAUUUAAGCGAUUUUUUUGUACAUUAUGAGGUAAGUUGCAGUUCUUGUUGAGAUUUAAACCUUAUGGUGAAGAAAUAAGCAGGUUGCUUGCUGGAUUAUAAACUGUACCUUUUUCGGUUACUGGUAUAUUGAAUUGCAGUAAGGAGGGUUUUGAUGGACAUUCGGAUGAUAGCUAGAGUUUUAAAUGCCAAUUUGGUAACGGCAGAAGGAAUAUGGUGAACACAAACAGAACUUUAAGCGAAAUUGGCGCUAUUUUUGACAUUGUGCGUACCCUGAGAUGAGAUUCUUCUCUUAUAGAUAUCAAUAUACUUGCUUAUCAUUUGAAUUUAAAGAAUUGAGGGGUCAGUUAAUCUAAAUUAUCUGAGAGUAUGGAAUUCUUAUAAUUUAGUGGCAAAUUGAGCUCUAAUAAUUUUAGGCGUGGUCUCUGUGAGAAUUUUUGUGGAGGAAUACAUAAUAAAAUUACUUUAUUCUUGAAAUUAAGUAUUAAGGAGAGAGGAGAACAUUUCCAUUGUGUUGAUUCCUUAAGGCAAUAUUAGUGUUGCUGGUUUGUGGCGAAGGCCCGUCCAUUUCUGUCAUUGGAUCCAACUGCUGAAGGAAGUAUAGCCUUGUUUUUGAUUGAAGAAUUUUAAGGGUGUUGUGGUUAGUCUUCCCAUCUUUGAAUGAAUCAAACUAUGAAACCUGUUUUCAUUAAUGUACAAAGAGCAACACAGUUUCUUUGAGAAAUUAUUGGAGAGCGAGACAUGCCAUCCUUAAAGUGGAAAUAGAGCGAGCACAUGCCUGAACUAAGUAAGAAAGCAUGAGUAGUUGGGAUUGUGGUUUGAAAUUAAAACAUCACUCUGAGAUUAUAGUCUUGCCAACGGAGAUGUCGAGUUCAUGUUGUUGAAUUUCAGUUUUGGAAUACUUUUUAUCAUAUAAUUGUGUGGGAACCUAACAUGAGGAAGCAUAGUUGAUAGCAAAGCAUGCUGAAAACAAGUACUACCUGAUGUAAUAUCUGCUGAAAUUGCCAAAUGAAGAAUUCGAGACCGUUAAUUUCAGAUGAUCAACAAGGCUUUAGUUAACUCAAAUUACUAGAGUUUAUUGUCACACUAUUUUCAAAUCGAUCAAUAUAGCUUUAUUCCAGUUCCUUGAGUUUGUUUCCUUAAUUUCUGUUUUUAUGCACCAUGGUGUUAAAAAAUAGAAUUUUGGUAUGGUUAACUAGAUUAAUGGAUAUACCGUGGGGAGGUCUGUGAACUAUGGUCUUCAAAACUGUGUCAUCAUUUUAAAAUCAUUUUAAGUUUGCACCUCUCAAAAACAAGAUCUUUAUAUGUUACCAUUUCCUAAUGGUGCAGCGGAAUUUACAUCGGCAACGGGUUAUUUGUAUUCAAUGAGUUGCUUAUUGCUGGUAAUGUUAUUGAUCUAUGUUAAAAAUGAUGAUCUAUAAAGGCUGCACUCUUAAGUGGGUAGGAAUCAACUUCCUUGUUGCAUGUAUUUAUUUGUGGACCGGAAAAGUUUCAGACACUCUUUCUAUAGUCAAAUCCUCUGCUUCUCCAAUAUGGGCACCUUCUGGCAUUGUGGUUGCCUUUGUUCUUAUUUUUGGAUACAAAAUCGGGAUUGGGAUAUUCAUUGGGAAUGUGGCAAUCAAUGCCUGGUAUUUUCAAUCGAGUAAGGUUUCUUCGAAUCUCUUGACUUCUUUUGCUUGUGGGUUGUCUGCGUCCUUUGAGGCAGUUAGUUGUGGAUGGUUAAUGAAUCAUCCUCUCCAGUUGACAGGCGGUCGAAUGCACAUAUCUGUUCAGGAAUCAAGAAGAGGAACCGGAACUAUUAGCACUCUACAUGAUGCUCUCUGGCUCUUCCUUGUAGCUCCACUUGUGAGUGCAAUUUCUGGGACAUGUAAUGCUGUUGCUUUGACUGUGUUUGGAUUGUCAAAAUGGAAUAACUUUUUGAUUGUAUGGCCGACCUGGGUUCUGGGUGAUCUGUCUUCUAUUCUUUGCUAUACACCGUGCAUUCUUCACUUAUGUAGUCUCAUACAUCAGACUGCCAUAUGGCUUGGUUAUUGUAAAACCAAAGAAGAAAUGCCCAAUGGUCAUCUUGAUGGUGUGACACAUGAGAGAGAGUAUUCUAAUCAUGAUAUAUGUGUUGGACCAUUAGCUCAGGGAAAACUUCAAGAUGGAACCACUGCUGAUGGCAUCUCUUGCAACAAAUUUACAUCUCCCAAAAAAGGAUGUGAUGAUCCAAGGAAAUUAAUGAAACUAGAGACAGAAUGUGAAUUUGAUGAAGAGAAUCCUCCAGUUAAAGAGUCUUGUUCCUCUGAACUUGAAAGUUCAGUGGCAAAUAUUCCACAUAAUCUAGAAGCAAAUCAUUGGGCGAGCGGAUGUUGGAGGUUUAAUGGGCAUAAGUAUUCCACUGAUUUUGGAGUAUUUGCUUCAGCAGGAGACGUUCAGUUUAGUUCUUUUGAUCAUGAUAAGAGAGCGGUAAAUAUGAGAAAGAAAGAUAUAAGUCAGAGGAAAGAGUGUUACUUAACUAAAAAUCAAGCAUUCAAUGAUCUUUUAGACACCAGUGGUUUUUCAGUUAGAACAUUUUUUAUGAGGUCUAUGGAGGGCAUGGCACUUUUUGUUCUUCUUAUAGUUCUAUCAAUGGUUAUAUUUUUUAAUAUGGGUGUUGAUGAUAGUGAAUUUGUUCAACACCUUUCUUAUUUGGUAUUUCCUGUUGUCAUAUGGGCAUCAUUCCGCUUCAAUCGUGUGGGCUUGCCUCUAGCUGUGGUGGUUGUUACUGUAAUUGCAAGUGCAGGAACUGCAAAACAUCAUGGUCCCUUAUAUCGACCCAAUUAUGAUCAUGCAUUAUUGCAGGUGCAAAUGUUUGUUUGUGUGGUGGCAAUGGUAGCAAUUACAUUGGCGGCUAUUGUUCAUGACCGCAAGGAAAUGGAGCAAGAAUUAAGCAGCAUGAACAGCACUCUUGAACUUCAGGUCUGGGAAAGAACAAAAGAGCUUGAACAAGCCAACCAGGAAUUGCAAAAGUCACAAGCAGCUGCAGAAGAAGCUAACCUAGCUAAGUCAGAAUUCCUAGCAAAUAUGAGUCAUGAAAUAAGAACUCCCAUUCAUGGUAUUAUAGGAAUGGCCUCAUUGGCACUGGAUACUCACCUGACAGAGGAGCAACGAGAACAUCUUUUAACUGUAUCAGAGUCUGCAGAUUGCCUCCUCCAUAUUGUGAACGCAAUUCUUGAUCUAGCCAAGAUAGAAGCAGGUCGACUUGAACUUGAACAUGUACCUUUCAAAUUGUCAGAUGUUAUUGGUUCAACAAUAAAAAUGCUUCAGGUGCGUUCAAAACAGAAGCAGUUAGAGUUAUCUUGGGACAUUGCUGUUGAUGUGCCAGACAACCUUGUUGGUGAUCCAAGCAGGCUUCAGCAAUGCAUUCUCAAUUUGGUUGGAAAUGCAAUCAAAUUCACUCAUGAAGGGUUUGUUUUUCUGUCUGCCAAACUUUAUUCUGGAGAUACUUUAGAGUUCUCAAAUGGACAAGGUACUAUGUCUAGUGGUGCCAACCAAUGGAAAAAGUCUUCAUUAGAAGAUUCAAGGGGAGGGGUACACCGCAGCAGCUUCUCUUUCAAAAGUUCAAUAGGAUCAGGCAUAACCAGUGAAUUUCUUGUGCAUGAGGAUAAUUUUAUAGAUGAAACUCUUGGAAAGUUCAGUGCUGAUAAAUGUACAAGUAUAAGGAGGCACUCCUUUGAUUUACCUCGAUUAUCGUCAGCCUCUAUUGCACUUGGUUCAAAGACAGCAAGAAAAAUAGAGAUUGAUCCUGUAGGAGACUACAACAGGGUUCAAGAUGAAAAAGUUGACCUGAUUUUCCGUGUAAUUGAUACCGGCAUUGGCAUCUCUAAAGAAAAACAGAAAGAGGUUUUUAAAGCAUUCUCGCAAGCUGAUGGUUCAACAACAAGGCUCUAUGGGGGAACGGGUUUGGGAUUGAGUAUAGUAGAAAGGUUAGUGGGAAUGAUGGGUGGCCGUAUCUGGCUGGAAAGUGAACCUGGCAAGGGAAGUACCUUCUCUUUCAUAGCUCGAUUUGAUAGAGGGGUAGAAAUAUCAAGCAGUAAGACUGAUUGUAGAAGUGGAUUUUGCAUGACAGAAAAUGAAGCAGAUGCAGUUUCCCUCCACGAGGAGUGCGACUCUCAGAAUGUUUUCUAUGGUAUGAAGAAGAUGUAUGUUGGAAAUCAAUGUACAAUAUCCAAUGAGCCCUUACGCAUUGCACAUUCUUCAUAUAGCAAUGGUACCAUCCAGAGCUUAGAAGAAAACAGAGAGCUUUCAAGCAAAUCUUCAUCAGUUCUCAGUAAAGUUGAAUGUGAGAUUACCAAGGCCAAAGACAUGGAGAACCAUGACAUGUCUAAAUAUAAGGGGGAUUCAUUAAUAAAUGGUGUUUCAUAUGCAAGAAGGAAACAUGAAGAUUCAGUGGCUUCUAGCGUGCCCAGUUUUGGUAAUGAAUCUCUUUUCAAAGGGCUGAAAGUUUUGCUUGCAGAGGAUAAUUUGGUAAACCAAAAAGUUGCAUGUCAACAACUAAAAAAAUUUGGUGCAGAAGUGGAUGUUGUUGGUGAUGGCCAGCAAUGCAUUAAUGCUCUUCGAAUAGAUAGGGAAAAUUAUGACUUAAUCCUUAUGGAUGUUCAGAUGCCAGUAUUGGAUGGAUUGCAAGCGACAAAACUUAUCAGAGAAAAUGAAAAAGAGCUUGGUUGCCCACACAAACCUAUCAUAGGACUUACUGCCCAUGCUAUCCAGGGUUACAAGGACAAGUGCAUUGAAGCAGGAAUGGAUGCCUAUACAUGCAAACCUUUCCAUAUUAAGCAACUUAUUGAAGUAAUCCAGAGAGUGAUGGAACAUUAAACAGGAGGGAAACUGCUGGAGGUGAGGAAGAAAUCUCGUUGCCUGCUUGAAAUAAUUUAAGAGAAUGUUCAUUCAAAUAGUAAUUUCCAGGAAACUAAUCAAUCGUAGGCCUCUUAGUGAGGAAAAUGCAGUGACUCCUAUUUUUAUGAGUUGAUUUUUACCAUAUAGCCUUAUUUGUAUGGCAUUCUUCUUGUAGCAUUUUUUUCUCUCUAGAGGACAACUGAAGGUAUAAAUUAUUUUUGCAGAGAUCAUGAUAACUUAAAGAGAGCUGUCUUAAUUAUCUUUUCACCCGAAGCAAUUUCAGUUUUUUUUUGUAAAAUUUUGGUUCCUCUGCAAUGUGUAAGAUUGCCAUUGCCAAAGAUUGAAUCUGUAGCAUUGCUUAAGAUCUAUAUCCAGUUCACGGUUACAAAAUUCAAAUUCUGUUUUAGUUCUAUACAUUUAACUUCCAUCAACAAAAGGUUUUGGUUCUA